UAAGACGAUGGCAACAACGCAACCCAGUAGAUGACAUGCCCCUGGAUACUGAUUUCAAAACACAAAUUUUACCAUCAGACGCUUUGAGUUCAUAGCAGAAAGACACAGAGUAAGAUUAAAUCCAGUAAAACGCUGGCGUUGUCCUUUUAUUAGCGUAACAAGCAGGGAUAGAUCAAGGUGAUAUGCAACUUGCAUAUAAAGAUGAUGUUUAUUAAAGAGGAAAAUGAUGACACCUGUGAUCCUGAUCCCUGCAGAACAGAAAAUGAGCUCAAAGAAGGCCUGGCAGAGGUAAAGAAGGAAAGUCAGCUUCUAAAUGAAACGGAGGAGAAACAUCAUCUCCUCACCGGAGAAAAAUCCCAGAUUCGCUGCCAGUCCGGAAAAAACGGUUUCUCACAAAGCAGCACUCGGGCGACAGAAAAAAAGCCUUUCGCCUGCUCUCUGUGUGGAAAGCAGUGUGCCCACAGAGGCCACCUGAACGAUCACAUGCUAACUCACACCGGAGAGAAGCCCUUCUCCUGCCCUCAGUGCGGGAAGAAAUUCUCUCGCAGAAGAAGCCUCGGCGAUCACGUGCUAAUUCACGGCGAGCAGAAGCGCUUCGUUUGUCCUCGGUGCGGCAAGAGUUACAAACGCAACGAGCACUUUCGGAGCCACUUACUGAGCCACGACGGAGGCAAACCCUUCACCUGCUCGCAGUGUGGGAAGAGUUUCAGUUACAAACGCACCCUUAACGACCACGUCAAAAUUCACACCGGAGAGUGUCUUCACACGUGCCUUCAGUGCGGAAAGAGCUUCCUCAACAAAGGACACCUUAAGGACCACUUAAAAAUCCACACCGGAGAGCGGCCCUUCGCCUGCCCUCAGUGCGGAAAGAGCUUCAUCAGCAAACAAAACGUGACCUCGCACAUGAGGAUACACACGGAGGAGAAGCCUUUCAAAUGCCUUCAGUGCGGAAAGGGCUUCGCGUGGGCGAGCUGUCUGAAAAUCCACACGCGCCACUCUCACUCCCGAGAGAGGGAGUUCGCCUGCGAGCACUGCCACAAGACGUUCGUUUUGGAGUCGUACCUGAAGAGGCACUUGAAAAUUCAUCAAAACGAGAAGCCUUUCGUCUGCCCGGUUUGCGGGAAGGGUUUCUUGUGGCUGCUGUGCUUCAAAGCGCACCAGAAAAUACACGAGGGCGUGAAAACCCACGUGUGCUCCGAAUGCGGGAGAGCCUUCGCCACGGCCGAUUAUUUGAUAAAGCACCACAAGAUCCACGUAGGGGAGCGGCCGUUCGCGUGCUUGUACUGCGGAAAGGGCUUCGCUAAGAAAGCGAACCUGGUGGAUCACGUGAGGCUGCACACCGGAGAGAAGCCGUACGCCUGCGCUCACUGCGGAAGCAGCUUCACCUCCAGAAAAGGUCUGAGCUAUCACAGAGAGAGGCACUGUCCUCGAAGCGUGCCGAAGACCUGUUCGCUUGAAGUCCAGACGGUGUCGGAUAUGCCUGAAGACCGCGUUUCUGCCUAAAAAGCAAUUACUUCUAGUACCUUUAGUGGCGAAUAAGCUCACAAUCAGUUUAAAUGGCUGCAGGACGUUUGUGCAUCCAGUACUUUAAUAUAAAAGUACAAAAAUACAAGAGAAAACGAGAGUGGAGUCUGGAAAACUGUACAUAUUUUAUAAUGCAUAAUUGCAAAUGUCCCUUAUAGCCCUGUCCCUUUCUUCUGUCAUCAUUAUUUCCACAGUCCCCCCUCGAAAUCGGUUCCUUUAGGACUCCGUGAUCCCAUAUCAAUGUAAAAACAUAUGGCUUACUAUAUAGUGCAUAGAACAAAAUGCAUAAAAAAACUAAUUAAUUGUCAUUUCGUGCACUUGAUAAACUGCUGAUUAAUAAAUAAAAGUAACAAUAUCCUAUUAAGUGGAAAAAAAAAUAAUUGGACAUAUAAUUCAAUAAUAAUAUUAAUAAUCGUGAAUGAUAAGUGCAAAUUCCUGUAUAAAAGCUGCAGCUAAUCAGGUAUCUCUGUAUGCUAGGCUAGUACAUAAGCUAACAAAUACAAUUAAUUAUCAGUGUAACAUAAUUUUCAGCAUUUAUCAUAACCUAAUUUUGUAGUAAUAAAAGUAAUUUGAGCCAGCGAUCCCAUUGAUCCCAGCUUGGGGUCCUAAUGGGACUUGAUUUCUCACCACAAGGGUCAGGUAUGAAUUUCUGAAUCUUCCCAGUCUACUGACAUUUCUUUUGACACCCGAUUCAAAACAUUACAGUACACGUGAUAACUUUGGUUACGUCUCCAAUAAGUAAAUCCACUACACCAAGCUAAUGACUCUUCAACAGUGAUGCUAUCCAGCUUAUUUUUUAAUGCGGAAGUACGCUUUGUUUUGAGAAUGUGCAAGGUCUAUUGGCGGCUGUAGGGAAAUAACGAGAGUAAACUAUAAAACUGUGCGCUACAAACUACUGUAUUCAUAACUAUGAUAAUGCAUUUAAAUUAAAUGGUGAACAUCUGUUUGCAAUAUUAAGCGGCACAACAAGCUGUUUUUUACAGCUACAAAUAGCUGGAUGCGAAGGACAUCAGAACCCAGACAUGUUUAAUUUACAAUAAAUGCUUUUUGUUUAUCUAUUAGAUUGUGUUUUAUUAAUGUCUAUGCCAACCCUAAACCUACCACAUAAAAUAAUUUUAAAAAAUCUUGUAAUGUUGUACAGUGUGAAAAAAAAACAACCUCCCAAUGCUAUAUUGAUGUAUGCAUGCCCAGUAUACCACAGCUGUAUCCCAUCUGGUCUCUAUACAGUAAAGACAUGGUGGCAUUCAGUCACUGCAACAUUUUCAAAGACAGAUUUUUGAAGAUGGCUGCGCAGUUGUUUCUAUGACACAUAUAAGCUCCGUAGUAUAUAUUUAGAGAGGGCCAAGCAUGCAUAGGCACAUGGAGGAAUAGCCUAUAUUAAAAAUAUAAGCAUAUUUGUAUUUUUCAUAAAUGUUAUUUCGAAGAAAAUUUGUCUUGGUCAAAAUCGUUGUUGAUGAUUCAGCAAAUUCAAAGACCUAGCUAGCUAUAGAAAUAUAUAUAUAUAUAUAUAUAUAUAUAUAUAUAUAUAUAUAUAUAUAUAUAUAUAUAUAUAUAUUUGGUGCUAGUCUUUAUGGAACUAAAUAUAUAAACAUUUGCUUUGCUAUUACUCAUACUCUUUGGCAUGCUACGCAGAACAGUGUUUGUAAAUGUUUACUGUA